AUGAUGUGGACAAAGGAUGAUGAAAAAGGACGGCUCUUCUCGAGCGCUAUGGAGCAUGCGGCCGAGGACUACUACGAUAUGCCGAUUGAGUUGUUGCCGUCUGCGAACUUUGCGGGUCGGCCUAUGAGUGAUAUUAGUAUGCUGGAUGGAUUGUGGACUAUGAUUGUUUCGUCUUCUUCAGGAGAAGACGGGGCGGAUGAGGAGGAACUGCAAACCCAAUCGAGGCCGUCGCAAACGCAAGAGUCGCCAAAGACACAAAAGGUCACUAUCGUAUCACAAAUUGGCGACAAUGUCGAUAUGGAUCGUCCGCGAUUACGGAAAAAGGCACAAACAGCUCCUCCAGGCGGAUUCGAUACAUCAACAGUACCACCCCCUAAGCCGAGACGAGCCAUUAGUACAAGACUAGGCUAUUCGAAUACGGUCAAAAGGAGACAGCCCAAACCAUAUGACGAGAUUAAAGGCUCUCUGACUGCGAGGUCAAUAGAAAGUGACAUGAGGACGGGCCCACAGAAACCAUUACCAGCACUACCAGCAUACGACGACGACGCGAUAUCUCCCAGGACCACGCGGCCCCCCGGUUCCUUCUCCUCGAAAGCACGAGUGCAGGAAACGUUGAAACAGAAGCAGCUUGGGACAUUGGAUACUGCCUUGGCAGAUUACGACUUCAGGAGACUGCCUACCUCACCAGGCUCAAUGCUUGCCACACCACGAGAGUUGUACGCAAUACCUGAGCAGGUUGCGACAAGUAGUAGCUUGGAUAGUCCUCGCGCGGCACGUUCGUGGCGGAACUCGGCAAGACAACUCUCGCCCAAGACAGGCUCGACGCGAUCAAACGUACGAGUGGCUGACACGUUAAAGCAAAAGCACAAUACUGGAGAGGUUGACGCGGCUGGACAAGGCAGGAUCUACUUGCCCGGCACGAUCAUUCUAGCACAGCACCCGGCUAAGCUUCGCAGAGACUCUGUCGCAACCCUUGAUCCAUUCGCGUUUGAUACCAAAUUAGAGUCACCGGGAAGACGAACGUCGGAGCUGGUGGGGUUGGACGGCAUUGCCAUGUUUUUCGAUGGGUUUGGUGUUGUCGCGGAGGUGACAGAGAUGACCCUGGACAGGUACUGGCUUCGAGAAGGCUGUGAGCCAACCGAUGGUGUUGUCGACGACUUUGAUGCCGACGCGCGCAACUCAAUUAGUCCUGUAUCAGUCGGUGACUAUGUAGGACUUUGGCUAAGCCGUUCUAUACCUAUACAGCUAUUGCCUAGUCGAUGUUUUGCUCGGUCAACGAGCCAAAGAGUGGCUCAUAGUGACCGGGGCUCAAAGUUUUCCUUGUCGUCAGCGUCAUCUGCCGCUUCUGUGCCUCCACCAGAGAAGCGCAAGCGGAGCAGGCUGAGGGACCUGCUGUCACCAGGCCUUCCUGGCUCAGCCUUCCUCAAGGCCCCUGCAAGCUGGGGACAGCAGACGGAGAAAGCGUGA